GCCCAAGCAUGAGGGAGCGGCACUGCUGAUGACGUAUCUGGGUGUGGCCCAGCAUGAGGCUGAGAAGAUCUGCAACCAUGAGUACGGUGGGUACAUUAGCUACCCCAGGCUGAGGGACUUCUAUACCUGGUACCUUGGUAGGGCCAACGUAUUGGCGGGUACGGAGGAUCUUGAGGAGGUUGAGGAGCUGGAGAGGGUCAGGACAUACUGCGUCCGGUGUUACCUUCUGUACUUGGUCGGAUGCUUGUUGUUUGGCGAUAGAAGCAACAAGCGCAUCGAGCUGAUAUAUUUGACGACCGUGGCGGACGGCUACGCAGGGAUGCGUAAUUAUUCCUGGGGAGCUAUGACCCUCGCCUACUUAUACGGCGAGUUGGCGGAUGCAUGUAGGCCUGGACACAGAGCGCUUGGGGGGAGCGUGACACUGCUCACUGCAUGGUUUUUGGCGCAUUUUCCAGGGUUUUUCAGUGUUGAUCUCAACACUGACUACCUGGAAAACUAUCCGGUUGCAGCGAGGUGGAAGCUCCAGAAGGGUCAUGGGGAGGGGAUCACGUAUCGGUCACUGCUCGAUCGUAUACAGUUAGAUGAUGUAUGCUGGAGGCCGUACGAGGAGCACAGAGAGAUCCAUGACUUCGAGGAGGUUUUCUGGUAUUCUGGAUGGAUUAUGUGCGGCGUCCGUAGGGUGUACCGUCACUUGCCCGAGAGGGUUUUGAGGCAGUACGGAUACGUGCAGACCAUCCCCAGACAUCCGACUGAUGUUAGGGACCUCCCCCCGCCUUCCAUUGUGCAGAUGUUCGUCGACUUCCGCACUCACACGCUUAAGGCGGACGCUCGGGGUGAGCAGGCAGGAGAGGAUACAUGGCGGGUGGCGGAUGGCUAUGUCCUGUGGUACACUAGGGUGUCUCACCCUCAGAUCUUGCCACCUAUUCCAGGAGAUCUUCCGAGGCCUGCAAAUGAAGAGCAGAUCAUUGCAGAGCAGUGACAGCGGUAUGAGGCGAGAAGCUCGCCUGAUACCUGUGACAUGGUUAGUGGCGCUGUUGCCUACGCUGAUGCGCAGUUAGGCCAGGAGGAGGUCAUGAGCAUGACCCCUCAGCAGUGGUUUGAGGCCAUGACCCAUAUGAGGGAGCAGAUCGCGCUGAUUUUGACCAGGAGGUGAGCCCAGAGGCCGAGGAGGAGGCACCAUCAUCAGGAUC